GAAAGCAAAUAGAAACUUCACUGCAGCAGGGGCUCUACCAAUUGGCUACCAGGCGAUGUCUCUGUCCUGCUGCCUAGGCAACAGCAGAUGAAUUAUUCACGGCAGAUCACAAGAGCCAGCUGAAGCUGUGAAAAUAAAAACGACAUCUCUCUUUUCAAAGAACGCAAGGUUACCAUGCUGUCUGCAGUCAUCAUUAGAUCCGUGAUACUGACCGUCCUAGGCUGGGCCCUAACUACAGGUCACAGCUCCCGGGAUCCAGACAAAGUGUCUGAAGCAGACAUUCAGCGAUUGCUGCAUGGAGUCAUGGAGCAGUUAGGUAUCGCUAGGCCCAGAGUGGAAUAUCCAGCCCAUCAAGCCACAAAUCUGGUCGGACCACAGAGCAUCGAAGGAGGUGCUCAUGAAGGAUUACAACACUUGGGUCCCUAUGGCAACAUUCCCAACAUCGUGGCCGAGCUGACUGGAGAUAACAUACCAAAGAAUUUCAAUCAAGACCAGGGAUAUCCGGAUCCGCCAAAUCCCUGCCCUUUGGGAAGAAAAGCUGCUGAUGGAUGCCUGGAAGAUACUCCUGACACAGCCAAAUUCAGCAGUGACUAUCAGGCCCACCAACGCCUCUUUGAUCCACAGCACGAUUACUCUGCAAUGGGAAAAUGGAACAAGAAUGUCAUGUACGGAAAUGUGGAAGGUGGCAACCCAGGAAGGAGAAGAAGGAGUGUGAAUCCAUAUCUAAAAGGGAAGAGACUCAACAACGUUGUCGCCAAGAAAUCAGCACCACAUUUCUCUGAAGAGGACAGGCGUGCCAAUGAGUAGAUCAGUUACCAAAUCUAAAACAAUUCCACACCUAGUUGCGCAGGAUGUGGAUCAAUCAUCACAUCAAAAUUCAUAAAGCUACGGUGGUCACUGUUGAUAAUUAGAUAGAAAAUAGAAAUCAGGUUAUGUGUCUAUGGCGGUGGUGGCAGAUUUGGUUUAUGACAGUGCCUUGGUAGUUGCAUUAAAUGUUCAUAAAGUGUUAGUAAAAGCACCACUGCAACAGUAAUAAAAGUACUAUUAAUACA